AUGAAUGGCAAAGCAAGGUCGGAGGAAUGGCAGCAGUAUGGUCCUGUUUACCGUGUUUGGGCAGGACCAAGGCCUGAGAUUGUCCUGACAACCCCGGAGGACAUUCGAACCUUUCACACGGACUCCGACAAGCAUGGAAAGCCACUAAAUGGGAACUUUGGCUGGUACUUUGGCCAGCUGCUUGGCCGCUGCGUCGGUCUUCUCGAGUUCGAUGAGUGGAGAAAGAUGCGACAAGUCGUUGAUCCGGCUUUCAAGCACUCCUCUGUUGUGAACCGGAUAGACCAGACCAACAGCAGCGCUCAGAGUUUCGUGGAGAACUUGAGGACUUUCGCUAUUGAGGGUAAGAACCUAGGAGUGAAUGAUAGAUUCACCAUCCAUGCGGCUACCGCUUUCAUGAAGUUUCCCUUCUACUUUACGGCCGAGGUCGUAUACGGUACGAUGAGCAACGAGGAGAAGAAUGAGCUCUGGGUCCUAGCUGAGAAGCGACUGGCCUUGCUCCCCUGGUUUUUUAAGGGAGGUGUCUAUCGCACCAUCUAUAUGAAGUACUGGGAUCGCCCCGCUUAUAAUCAGCUCAUGGACUUCGUGAAGCACUGGGCCGAUUUUAAUAGUCGUAUUGCCAACAUCCGACGAAAGCAAAAUAGGGAGGUUCCCAUUGUUUCGUACUGGGAUGAAUACGAGAAGGGGAAUAUAGCAAUGGAACAGGUCACCCAUACUCUGGACGAGAUGCUCUUCGCAAAUCUUGAUGUAACCACACAUGUCUUAACUUGGGCGAUCACCCUAGUAGCCGACCACGAAGCAGAGAAAGAUAAACUGAGGGCUGAGAUUGCAGCGAAUAAUGAAAAUCUCGAGCAGUAUAUCGCCAAGACUGACACCCAUCUUCAUCGAUGCUACUAUGAGUCGCUCCGCCUGCGACCACUGGCAUUAUUCAGUAUUGGGGAGAGCGCAGAAACGGUGAAGAAUUUCCGCGGUAUUCUUGUCAAGCCCAAGACAAUGGUUUUAGUCGACACAUUGUCCAUAAACGUGCGAAAUCCUUUCUGGGCCCCGGACAGCAACAGGUAUAAUCCAGAUCGAUUCAAGAAUAUAAAACAAACCGAUCUACGAUACAAUCUUUAUGUAUUUGGUUUUGGCCACAGGAAAUGUCUUGGACAAUAUCUCGCCGGUCAUAUGGUCAAGGCAAUAAUGGUCCACCUCUUCGCCCAGCAUGAAGUUAUCAUAAAGAAUGGAAGGAGCGGCAAAGAUGACUACAUGAUUGAUAAAAACACCUGGGUUCCGGUGGCCAAUGUCACUAUUGAAUUGAGCAAACUUCAAUAG